AUGACCCCAGCUGAACUAUUUUUGAAACGAAAGCUGAGAACUAUAUUGGACCUCAUACGUCCCGCAGCAAGUGAAACACAUGAAAAGAACCGAAAACGAUAUAAAAUCAAUUUCGAUAAGAAAACAAAGAAACGAUUUUUCAAAGAAGGUGAAAAUGUACUGGUAAGAGAUUUACGUGUUUUUCAAACUGGAACCAAAUGGACACCUGGUACACUUAUAUCGAAAUCUAGAUCACGUAUUUGGAGUGUCAAGAUUGGAAAUAAUAUUUGGCGUCGACAUGAAAAUCAAAUUCUAAAUCGCCAUUGGUCAAGUGAUGAUGAUGUUACUGCUACAAGCUCAGAAGAAAAACAAACAGCGGAAGACAGCAAAUUAUCUAACACACAAAAGCAACAAUGUGAUCAACAAACACCAAUACUUCGUCGAUCCACGAGAAAACAGUACGAAGAUUAA